ACUUCUUAGUAGAGUAAAGCAAUUCUAUUGAAUUUGCAGUUCGUUGCAUGGGAAAUAUGUCAUUCUCAAAGUAACUUAUAUAUUUUUUAGCUACUGUCUUGAUUAAAAAAAAGUUAUAUAUAUAUAUUGGCUACAGUCAACUUGUAAUUUACCUUUUUUCUUGAUAAUCAAAAUUGUAAACCCUAGUGUUCUGUAGACCUAGCUAUAACUGGAUGAUUUAGUUUAAUUUGGGCAUUACCAUAAUAUUUUACCUACAAAUAAUGCUCUUCAGAUGUACUGAAUGUAAAUCUGACUGUUCUAAAUAAGACGAAUGGCGAUAAUGUCUGGGAGGACAAAACGGCAAGCAAAGGUUUUAGAAGAAAACUAUUGGGAUUGCAGUGUUUGCACUUAUAGAAACACGGCGGAAGCAUUUAAGUGCCUAAUGUGUGACGUACGCAAAGGAACUUCUACGAGGAAACCUCGAAUCAAUCCUCAGCUAGCCGCUCAACAGUAUGCUCCUGUGAUUCCACAGAAAAGUAACAAAUCCGAAAAUGGCCAAAAAGAAAAGUCUGAAAAGAAAAAUUCCCCGCACCGAAGAAGAGCAUGGUCAACACCCAGACUGAAGAAUGUUGACCGAAGUACAGCCCAGACUAGAGAGGUUACUGUGAACAACAUUACAGUGUUGAUCACAGAGUACAAACCCAAAGUAAACAACUCACAGGAUCAGUUAGAACAAAGCAGUGUAUCUUCUGAGACGGGGAGCCACUCAGAGUCCAGCGCUGAUGCACAAACUGAUACAGAUUCACCAAGCUCUUAGAUAAUUCAACCUACCUGUUGAAAAGCUUUCAGAUAUGUAGACAAAUUACUUUAAUCUUUCACAUGAUAGCUACUUGCUUUGUAACGUCUAUUUCUCUGACUAAAUUAAUAGAUCUUCUAUAAAAAUCGAGGAUAAUGUAUAGAUAACAUGGUUUUAGAAAUUUUGAUGAAAAGGGAUGAGAUGAAUAAGUGCUUUCCGGUGAAUUCAUUUUUUAAGGUAUUUUGAUUAAUGUACAGUAGAGUCUAGCUAAUCUGAACCCUGCUAGAACGAUUCCUCACUUAAUCCGACUGUGUCAUCACCUAUCAGUGACAAUGUUAUCAUGGUAAUAUCGUGACUAUUUGCUAUGGUCGUGUGGAGAUCAUCACAAUCUCCGCCAACAUCUUGUUCACCCCCACGAUUACGGAAACAUUCAUCACCAUCCUCCGCGAUUGUGGCGUAACUUUGAACGUCUCCAACAGUCACCGGAAUAUUAUCAUUGUCUUCCGACAAUCAAUACGUAUCAGCCCCUGUUGAGCAAUUAAUUCGAUAAUUUAAAAUAUAUGCUCCUGGUAUAAUUGGACCUUUUGACCAUUCCAACCAUGGUCCCGGUCUCGUAGGUGACGGAUUCGCGGGGUUGUACUGUUAUAUAUCUGAUUGUAAAAAUGAGAUGAUUAAUGUUUAACCAACUCAACUCUACUAUCAUUAUCAUUUUUUACUGUUUAGCAACAUCACUAGAUUUUAAAGGGUUUUGCCAGUCAAAAAUCGAAUCCCAGACUGAGCUGUAUUAUUGACUUCAAAUAAAUACAUAAAAUAUUUUUUGUUUGAAACACAUAAGUCUUCAUUAAGGGUAUGGAUUAAGUAGCCAAUGCUAUAUUAAAAAAAUUUCUUCUAUGAAUCUAUUUGUUUAUUUUAUUUUGGUGUGGUUUUAAUGCAUAGGCCUAUAAGGUUUUUUUCAUUUUAUUCGUUACAUUCUACUUCUCUUUUGUCAAUAGAUGACUACAAAUCAAAUUUGAUUGUAAUAAAUAUUUGUAUUUGCAACUUUAGCAGAGCUGUAGAGAUUAAUUUUUUUUGUAUUUAGUUUUUACUAAAUACUAACCCUAAUUGAGGAUUAUUUUUUAUUGGUAUAUUAUUUAUUAUUUUAAUGAUAUGGUGCAUGUUUAACCAAGAACGAUUGAUCCUUUUUGAGGUAAAGAAGAUUUGACUGCAAGUAAUCAGUAUUCAACUUCUUUUGUUUCCGUUCAGUGUUGUAGAUAUGUAUAUACCAUACUUAGGCUCGGAUUGGAAUCGUUCCCUCCCAUGGGAAGUAGAUAAGCAACCCUUUAAAAUAUUGUUAAAUUUACUUUCACUUCAUCUACCUAGUUACUUGUAAAUAAUCAUAACAAUUUCAGUUCCUGAGCUUAUUUUUGUUAUUAUUGUUUGUGGUUUUAUUUUCUUUGCUCUCGAGUAUUUAAAACAAACAAAGAAAACAGUCUUGCAAUUUACUAAGAACAUGAGUUUGAUUUGAAGGGUAACUAUGUAAAAAAGGGUUAAUCAAACUGCAUUCAUACACAUGCCAACAGCUCCGUUGUUGUGUCAUGUAAGUGCCUGUAUUCUAGCCCUCUGUUUUUAACUUUAAACAUUUUUUCACACUCUUAGGAAUGUUCUCAUAAGUGAACUUAGUUGUUUCGUCCAUUAAGGUAAAUCUAAACUUUGACCUAAUGCUUCACACUGCCAUACGUAUUAUUCUUGCCACAUAAAUUUGUGAAAUUUAAUACCAAGUGAAGUGACGUUAACAUGUAAAACAAAAGUAGGAUCGAGUUCUGAUACAUAUUAUUUUGAUUAUGGCCGCAAGUGAUCCAAUAACAAAAACACAAAUUAAAAUUUAUGUUUACUAACUAAAAUAAAUAGUUGCUUAAUCAUGUUUGGAUACCUCCAAAUGUACCUUCCAAGUUACGAAAAUCAAGAAGAGUCAAUGGGAUUAAGAUUUUAACAUUUUAACAUCUAUUAUCAAUUCAGCAAUCUAUCUCAUUCCAUUGAUAUUUUGUUUUAAAGUUAAUACUCUCCCACAUUCAUUCGUGUUUGUAUUUUUAAGUAAGCUAACUGUAUGCCAAUAAUUAAUAAUAUUAUCAAUUUCUUAGUGAAACUUAAAAUUUUAAUGCACAAUUGUUUAUUGGAUUAGUGUUGCUUCUUUCUUUCAAUCAAUCAAUCAAUAAAUCAAAAUAACUUUUUUCGUAUUGCAAAUUGUGUACAGAAUGGAGUCAGUUAUAUAAAAAAACUAUAUUAAACCUAAGACUACUUUACAGAGAAUAUUGUUAUUAUAAAAAAAUCAAAUUUCAGGAAGUUGGGAAAAAUCUUCUAAUUUAUAAAAAGGCCUUAGUGAGAAAUAAUUUUAAAAGUUUUUUAAAUUAUUUAAAAUUAGUUAUAUUUUUUAUAUUGUCAGGUAAGCUACUAAAAUAUUAAUACCACUAUAAGAUGGUAAACCGAUAAAUUAUGUCUGUUGAACCCCAAUUCACGACCAUUUCUGGUCGAAUACUUAUGAUAAGAGUUCAAUUUUGGCAAUCUUUCAUGGUUUGAUCUAAUAUAAAGGUCUAUUUGAAAAAUGUAUAAGCUAAAAACAGUCAUACAGUAGACUCACUCUUAUCCGGACUCCUCGGGACCGAGGCCAGUCCGGUUAACGGUUUUUCCGGUUUAACCGACGUCCCCAAAAACUUGUUAAAACGGACCGUUUUCUGUGGUAUUCGACUUAAAUUUAUGAGAGCAUUGUAUUUAGACACGUGAUCAUUGGUCUCAAAUCUUUCCCACAAGAGCAGCUGUUUCAGUACCGCCCACUUCCUGCCAAUCUAGUCCGGUUAAACCAAUGUGCUGAUAAAAAUUUUCUGGUUAAAGAGAUGUCAUUUCCUCCGAGUGUAGUCCGGUUAAACUGAUGUCCGGUUAAAAGGUGUCCGGAUAAGAGGGAGUCUACUGUAAUUCCUAUUUCUUUAAAGUGCUCUUUUGUGGUUUAUUUUAAUUUUAGUUUUAACAUGAUGCGAAAUGCUUUUUUCUGAAGUUCCAGAAUGCUAUUUAAGUUCAAAUUUGAUGUGACCCCAUAAAGACACAACCCAAAAGAAAUGUGUGAUUCAAUUAAGGAAUAAUAUACUAUUUUUAAGGUUUUCUAAACUACUAAAUUUUAACAUCUGUCUUAAUGCAUAUAUGCCUGAAUUGACUUUUUUAGAAAAGUUUUCAACAUGACUGUCCCACUUGAAUUUAUCAUAUAUAUGCAAUCCCAGAAAUUUUAUUGUUUUGGUUUAACUUUAUUUAGUAAAAUUGUAUACAUUAUAAUAUUAAACUUAGGUGCAUUUUUGCUUGUCAAAUAAAAAGCUAAAUAAUUAGUUUUUAUUGGAUUCGGUAAUAAAUUGAUUUCAUUUAAAUAUUGGAUACAUUUUGUAAGCUCAACAAAAGAAGAGACUUCCACAUCAAAAUUUGAAUUACCGGAUAUUUUUAUAUUGAUGUCAUCAGCAAAUAAACAAACACGAUUAGGAGAUUCUAUCAAUGAGGGAAUGUCAGUCAAGUAAAUUAAGAAUAAUAGUGGCCACAAUAUUGAUCCUUGAAGGACACCAUACUUGUGUGUCCUUUUUUGUAGAGUAAGUGUAAGUAAUUAAUUGGUUAUGGCUAUUUAUGUGAUCAAUUGUGACAUACGCCUGCCUGUAAGAUAAGAUUUAAAGUUUUAUUUCUUUGAUAAAGUAGGUAGGCAUUGGAAGCCUUGCAUUGUCAAUGGCGAGACUGUCAUUGUUACGAUCUUUCAUCACUGUUAUAGAGACUGAUUUUUCAAGUAUUGUAAUAUUUUUUGCCUUUGUAUGCUAUAAUUACGGGGUUACUACAGAACUACUUAGUAAAUAGUACUAAGAAUGUUAAAAUUCAUGGUAUUCCUUAAAUACUAAUCUCAAAAUCUCACUGAAGCUUGGAUUUUGAAAUUAAAUUGUUUGUAAAUGAGAUGAUAAAAUUAUUUUAUAUUUUCUCAACUCACAAAUCUUUGCUGUGAUUUUUUUCAAGUGUUUUAUCAUACCUCAAUUUGCUAGUUUCCAUUUAUUUGUUUGCAGUUCCAUGUGCUCUAAUGCAUCUUUUUGUUGUUCAGAUGAAUGUGGAUCCAUGUUCUAGUAGUAACCCCAGAAAAUAAUAUUGUUGUCCAAGAAGAUUUGUACAUCGAUUGUUUAUUUUAAUUGUCAUGGGCUGUAAAUAAAUUAGACUUUGUUGUUUAAAAUAAACUCCUCAGAAAUGA